AUGCAGCGAGCAGAUCUCCCGACCGAAGAGAAGGCUCUCGAGGGCGGGUCGGCGUGGGAUGGCGCCGAAGAGGCGCCUGCGGGAAAAAAGCCCAAGAAGGGCAAGAAGGGGCAGGAAGAGCCCAAGCAAGAGUUUGACCUCAAUGCCGCACUGCCCAAAGCGGACGACUUCCGCACGAGCUUGAUCCUGCCUGGCCUAUCUACCCGCUUCAGCAUGCUGAGAGAGCAGGACGACCCUUCGUCGUUGAUAGGCAAGGCGAGCGACGACAGCGUCCUGCAGCCCAAACGCCAGUCACGCCUGCACGAGUUUGGCUUCAAUCCCAGCGGCCUUGGCGACAUUGCAGAGGUCUCAUCACUCAGUAGUUCGGUCCGCCCCUUUGCCAACGAGCGCACCAAUUCCUUUGACAGCGGCAGCAGAGACGAAGACAACUCGAGCAGCAUAAUGACUCGUGCAAGGCCGGGCGAGGGCAACAUCUUGUUCGGCGGCCGACAGAAGAUUUUCGUCAUUUCAAACUCAAACUCAAAGGGCACAGGGCGCACACUCUACGACGACGACGUCAACAUGUCAGCAUACCAGCGCUUACGACAGGAGGAAAAGGAACGGCUGCGCCGAGAAGCAGAAGACGAAGACGAAUUCCAACACGAAGACGACGGCAACCACCACUCGGAGCCCUCGAGUCCCUCGGAAGUCAGCCGCAAGAGAGAGACCACGUCUUCGACCAACUCGGGCCCAGUCAACACGCGCACUUCGACUGCUGCCACGUCAAUAGCCUCGCAAGGCGCAAACUCCAUCCCUGCCUCGUCUCCUGCCUUGCCUCCUUCGUCAGCUCCCAUGGGCUCUCCAGACCUAAGCCGCUCUACCACCACCACUAAGCGCCGAUUAUACGACCAAGGCUUGGACCAGCAAAUCCAGGACCAGCAGUCAUCGGCCAUGAGCCGCCUCAACUCGAUACAGCGCGCACGAGCUCCGACAGGAAGAUCAACCCCACCGGCAGGCAUGGCCCAUGCCCGUUCUGCGACAAACCUCCACGACCGCUUCGCCCGCGGUCCAGGCUUCCGCUCAGACAGCCCCAACUCCUUCUCAGGCCCUGGCAUGACCCGAACCAACUCUUCUGAUGCCACAAGUCCGGUCCUGUCGCGACCGCAAUCGCCGCCAUUGAUUAGCCCAGUCAUCAGCGAGGACAGCGACGCAUAUUCACUCAAUGCCGCGCUCCAGCCGACUGACCGCGGCAAAGCCACGGCCAUGGGAGCCUUUAACAAGCCCAAGGAGGCAUUUAGUGAAGAGCAAUACGCCGAGCGCUUGCGCCAGAUGAACCAGGAUCGUCAGGCACGCGAGUCGCCGGCACCAGGGUCCGAAAAUCCAUCCGCUCGCAAGCCUACGUUGAGGGAGCGUGCAGAACAGGAAAAACGAAAGAGGGCCGCAAGUGAAGCAAAAGAAACACAUAAGCCUGAAUCCGCUGCCGAGCCAAGCCCGGCGACACAUGCUUUUUCCAGAUUCCAGGCUGCUGCUAGCCAGAUGAGGACGGCAGGUGCAGCCCUGGCAAGCCCACCGUCACAGCAGCGUGAGAAAGGCCAGGAUGAUUGUGCAAAGGCCACGUUUCUCGCCUCUGCAACUUCCAGUGAUGAUGAGCAGGCUGAAGAGGAAGCGCCCAGGCCGACGGCAACUCGUCCAGCCGGAUCCGCCCGCCGUUUUGACAACCUUCCCGUUGCCACUGGUCCUGCACCGCCCAUGUUUGAACACCCUGCGCUUCGUGCGCGCGCGCCAUCAGACGACCAGGCUCAGCUGUCAGGUUUUGCUGCUCAUACUCUCAGCCCUUCGCUGCGUGCAGACCUUCAGCCUCCCAAGCCGAGUGGCCUAGAUUCGAAUGCUCCCACUCUAGGCCCUAAUAACGGUGGGCUUAGUGGAUUGAUUCGCCAGCACCUACGCAAUGUCAGCAAUGUCAGCAAUGUUUCGUCGGCCUAUGGAGAAGCUGGACCGCCUUUGAUGAGUCCGCCCAUGGCUUCAGCUAACAAUGACUUUGGUCUACAGCGCAGACAGCCAGAGUCAGAGGCCGGCACUCGAGCACCCUCGACCUACACGCACUCGAACCCGUGGGACCUGGACGACAUUGACAACCCGUAUCGCGACACGGAGCCGGCUAACCCAUCGAGUCCUAUUGAGGGAUCCACCAGGAUAAGGCCUCUUAUCAUGAGCACUUCUGAGCAGCCCAGAUCCAAGAAUGGCAGUGCUGCGUGGGACCUCACACCGCGAAGGAAUCACGAGAGGAUUGCUAGCAACGAGACCGAGGCGGAGCACGAGGCUUUCCAGCGCGAUCUUGCGCAGAGGCAACGCUUCAUCCAAGAAAAUCUUCGCGCAAGGGCCGAGGGUCGGUCGACAAGCCCUGGGCCUGGCGCUGGACCCGGUUCGUCGGGAGGAUUGAAGAAUGCUCUGAGCAUGCUUCGUGCAAAGUCGAGUGGUGAAUCAUUUGCCACGGUCGAAGCUCCCAACAAGUCGGUACGGAAGCUAGCACUUGGUGGAGCGGCAGGAAAUGCCAGCAGCACUUCGCUUGCAGAAAUGCCACCACUACGCUCCAAGCCGUCGCGUGUACUCCAGCAGAGCGAGCAGGAUGCUCAGCGUGAACUCGACCAGCGACAACGUUCAGCGACGGACAGCAGCCGGACGGGUCGGCCUACAGGCAGAUCACCACCCGUGUCAACUCGGAGCUCAACGCGAGAACGGUCGAGCUCUGGCACGUCGUCUGGGCGGUCGCGUAGCCGCGGAGACCACUACCGUGACGACCUGGACCAGGCCAUGUCCGAGGGAACUCGGAGCGCAUACCCUGCCAAUACGCUUCCUUCGCUACCUGGAUACGUUGCACACGCCACGCCGCCACUGCCAGCUCCCAAGUCGUCGAUGGAGUCGACGCGGUCGCGGUCACGGAGCAACAGCAAAGCUUCUGCUGCCAACCACUUCGAGUCGAAGCACCUUUUUCCGAUCCAGACGAACCUUGGGGCGGGGCAGAAUUCGCGCUUCACUCCUGGGCAGGGCAAGGUGUCGCCUGGUUUGCCCAUGUCGCCGCGGCCUUCGCCUGGCGCAUAUAGCAACAACGAACAGGGUUACCCGCAUCCCAACUCGCCCAUGCCGCCGUUUGCGACUAGCCACACGCCUCCUGUUUCCAACCCCACGACACCUAACAUUACGGCCUUCAACCCAAGCACUGUACAGCCUCUGACGCGACAAGGGGUGCUACGGAAGAAGUCUGUGGCCAAGGCGGACAUUUCGGAGCCUGUUUUCCUGUCGACAACGUCGGUAAUUGACUUGGUUGAUCUGCCGGCGGGCGCGUCUCUCAAGAACGGCAGCGAGCCGGAAGCGCCACCGGUUCCGCCGAUCAAUCCCAUGAGGCGGCGGUUUGGCCUGGGGCGUGGGGACAGCCAUGGGUCGGACCCUGCGGUGCAGCCUGGGAUUGGAGAACCUGUUCGCACAGGGUCUGCCGACAUAGCCAAGGAGGCUGCUUACUCACCACCGCCGCGAAACAUGCUGAGGAAAGCGACAAGUGAAGGGCGGAGUCUGCGUGGAGCGGCUCAAAGCCAGCUUCGACCAUCAGCGCCGAUGCCACACGACGAGGGUCAAGGACGCAACCACUCGCCGCCUCGUAGUGGACGGCCGGUCGAGGGCGCCAUGUUCUAA